UCAUGACGAUGCGGUUGUGACUGCAACGUAAACAAAAAUCGUGCCAACAACAUGUUUUCCCUCGCAUACAGCACAAAAGUGAAAAUGUUAUUGUUUCUUUAGUUCACUGGAUUCGUUGCUAUGUUGAAAAAACGUGUCUAACAUUCGCUUUUAGCGUAAACGGAUGUUUGAAGCGUUCGCAUCGGCCACCACAGUGCAAUCGGAAAUGUGUAUCACGUGGAAAGCAUUUCUGUUCUUUACGUUAAUAUCAUUCCUGGAAGCCCUGGAUUGGGUAGAAAUAGGCGAUGAAAAUGUAGCCUUAAGUGUACACACCAAACAGUACGAGUAUGAACUGACUCAAGCACACAACCUGCACCGCCAAGACAUUCUCCAAAAAGCAUGCUUUUACAGUGCCAAAGAAGAUAUUAGCGGGCGCGUGGAGAAGCUGAAGGAGUUACCCACCGACCAUCUGUUGAUCGACCGCGAACAUAAGUUUCUCUACUGCUACGUACCAAAGGUCGCCUGCACCAACUGGAAGCGUAUAAUGAUGAUCAUGAUAAGCAAGUGGAAUGGAACGGAUCCGCUGCAAAUUCCCGCCGAUUUGGCACAUUCUUCGGGUAUGUUUGAAACGUUCCAAACGUUGACCGACGAAGAAAAGGCUGUGGUGCUGUCGGAGUACAAUCGAUUCAUUUUGGUGCGACAUCCGCUGGAACGGCUGUUGUCUGCUUACCGGAACAAACUGGAAGGAAACUCAAGAAGUGCAAAAUAUUUUCAGUCACGCAUAGGAAGACUGAUAAUCAAAUCCUUUCGCCUGCACGCCACAAACGAAUCGCUGACCAACGCGGACGACGUUACUUUUAAUGAAUUCAUACAAUAUUUACUUACGCCUGAGCUUAGUAAAAAUGGCAAUAUGUCCUUCAACGAGCACUGGGAAGGAAUUUCAAAUCUUUGCCACCCUUGCUUAGUACACUACAAUAUUAUCGGUAAAUACGAAACCUUGACGGACGACUCUUCUCUGGCGCUCCACUUGGCCGGGGCCAAUGCACUCAGCUUUCCAUUAGUCUACAAGACUUCCAGUACAAGAGAACGCUUGAAACAGUACUUUAACGACAUUCCAAUAGAGACGUUAAAACGUUUGUAUUUGCUUUACGAAAGGGAUUUCAAAACCUUCGACUACAGCUUAGAAGAAAUUUUCGGAUUUGAGCUCAUCUAGCCAUAAAGGGUGUUUAACGGGACGUAACAGGCUCGCUGCUUUUUAAGCAAUACUAGUACUUACAAGCAAUAAUACAGGAAGGGGGCGAAUAACAGCACCAUCGAUGUGGCGCUGAGG